AGUCUGGUGAAGAGUGGACAUUUAUGUCUGACCAACAAAAGCGUUUGCUGAAAGGCGUUGCUGAGGUUUUUCCCACUGCUGAACCAGCUAAAGCUCCCAUGAAGAGACCAAGUGGAAGACCAAGAAAAGGUGUACAACAAGUUGGUGAUGUCUUGGACAGUUCACAAGCAGGGGUGCACCAUAGAACUGCUGAACCAUCAGUUAGGGAUGCCUGCUGGAUAUGGUGUUUACUACAAUGAAGGCGAUGGAGGCAUGUACAUCAACACACCUGGACAAACUCAACCUGUACCAACAUCAAACAUUAUGCCCUCACCCGCUCAAACCUCGCAAAAUCACCAUCACUGUCACGACAAACAUGAUAUUUCCUGAAGAAGAACUUGAGCAUGUUUCUUUCUCUUGUGUUUUUUGUUAUGUUUUCCAGUGCUCUGUAAUCAAACUUUAUUAAGCAUAUGCACUUAGAUUAAGAAUGAUUUCAGUGCUUUGUAAUCCCACCAGUUUUUCAGUAAUGUUUUGGAUGUCUAGUACUGACAUUUGUGUACUAUAUGAGUGGUUUAAUAACUUUGCACUCCUAUU